CUGAGAAGGAAGAAAACUGAGCUCGUAGGUUAUUACCAAAGACUGCAUUAAAUUUUUAUAGGUUUGCCUUGUCUACAACUACCCCCCACAAACAGUAAUCAAACCCUUCACCACACACAACCCUUCAAGUAAUUUUUAAUAAGAUCAUAAAUAGGCAUUAGAUAUAGACAUAGACAUAAGAUAAAAGACAUGCUCACUACUUCUUCUCAACUUCAUAGGCCUUUCUUAUUCUUCCUUCUAAGAAACCACUUCAAAUCAUCAACUUCCCUAGACUUACACACCCUUUGGGCUGUAACAAGCAAUCUGAUCCUCUUGUUAUCAUUCAGAUUGAUUUCUCUUCUAGCACCUCGAUCAAAGGGCUAAAAAAAUUUGCUACUUAUUGCACUUUUCUUUUCAUGGUUUGAUACAUCUUAUUGAUUUUAGUGCUAUUUCAAGGGGUGAAUUUGAGACAUGGGUUUGAGUUCUAAGCAGGUUUCUAGCAGUGGACUUGAUUGGAAACAAACCUUGUUGGAGGCUCAGAAUUUGGAACUUCCAAAGCCUAAUCUGAUGAGGAAACAACAGCAGCAGCAGCAGCAACAACAACAACAAACUCAGCCGAAUUCAGAGUCUUUGAAAUGUCCAAGAUGUGACUCUACCAACACCAAAUUUUGUUACUACAACAACUACAACAAGUCUCAGCCUCGCCAUUUCUGCAGGGCUUGCAAGAGGCACUGGACUAAAGGUGGAACUCUACGCAAUGUUCCAGUUGGUGGUGGAAGGAAGAACAAGAGGGUCAAAAAAUCAAUCACUCCAAUUACAACAUCUUCCACCACCACCACACCAAUCACAACCGCCACUUCAACUUGCACUGCCACAGUCACAACCUCAAUUGGCAACAACAUGGAUGCUAUGUUGGGUUGUUAUAGCCACAUGACAAUCCAAACUCCUCUUGCGGAUGAUCAGAAAAACAUGUCUUCCUCUCUCUACCAAGCUCUAAUUCGUCCACCACCUUUGCUGCUACAACAGAAUCUGCUCAACACAAGAGAAUUAGAAGGCAAAGAUUUUGGUAUUGGUAUCGGUAAUAAUGGUAUCUUUCCUAGUUCAACUUUGGCUCUUCCUACUCAUCAAAGCCAAAGCCUACUCUUCCCUUUCUCAGCCUCAAGCAGAUCUUUUGACACCAACCCUUGUUCAGUAGUGUCAACCUCUCUUAGAUCCUCCAAUGUUUAUAACUAUGGGGAGGAUCAGUUUAAAGCAAUAGAGGAACCAACCAUCAAUAGUACUACUGCUACUAUAGUGCCUAGCACAGGUGGCACCAACAACACACAUCAUCCAUGGGAGAUAGCAGCAGCAACAAGUGGUGUUGGCUUGGGAACUUCUUCAAAUUCAAACUAUUGGAAUUGGGAGGAUUUUGAUUCAUUGGUUUCAACUGAUCUAAAAGAUCCCUGGGAUGAUUCAGAUAUCAAACCCUGAGAACCAAACAAUAAGCAACAACACAUCAUGAUGGGGCAUGAGAAGUAUUUAGAGCUGUCAUGUUUUAGUUUCAGCUUCAGCUUCAAGCAAAAGGGUCCCAAAAUUCCUCACAAUUAGUUGCAACCCACUCUGUUUGCCUCUUUGUUCAUCUCUCUUAUCAUUUCCUCUAAUCUCUAAUAAUAAAAUGGUGUAUUAAUGUAUGCAAACAUUGCAAAGUAGUGUCUAGCAUUAUUUAUCAAUAUAGGAUUUUGUUUUUUUUAUUUUUUAUUUUAUUUUUUGGGGAGUUUUGUGAGUGCUUUGUGAUGGGAGUGAUAUAGAUAUGGGGUCUGCUCCAGCACUGCUGAACUGACAGAAUGUGAUUGGAAGAUUCUUUGGACAUGUAUAUAUCUUGGAAUGAUAUUUUAUCAUACGGUUUUAUUGCUUAUGAUUCAUUAUCACCACCA